UACACACACACACACACGCAGUUACACACACACAGAGAGAGAGAGAGAGACUUGCAUGCUCGUGCACCUCUAGGGGGACUCCCGACUUCAGUGAAUAGUAGCAGCGCGUUAAGGGAGCAUGAAGACGAACGUGACGGUUUCGACUAGCGCGCGCAAGAAUGUAACCAUCGCCCUACACGCGCUGUCGGAUAACACACAGUUCCAGUCGUGAUUUUGCCACUGAAACGCGCUGCGGAUUCAUGGGGUUUAUGACUCUGUUGGGUGAGAGAUGCAGAGAUCUCAGCAGUACACGAGGAGUUUCUAUUGACCCUGUGCUGGAGUGGCUGUCCCAGAACCCACAGACAAACCUUGGAUGUGUUCAGAAAACCGCCGGUAAUAUUAUCUCUCUACACUAGAGUAAAUGCGGUGCCUUGUAAAACAGAGCAGUGCCACACAAAGGGGAAGCCACACAGAAUGUCUUGGGUCAACGGCAUUAAAGCUACCAGAGUGGACAACCACAAGACGGCAUGGGGUGAACGCAAUGGCAGGAAGUCGAGGCGUAAGAGGAACUCGUCCCUGUGUAACCCACGCUACAUGAGCUGUCUUCGGGACCCUGAGUCCAUGGAUCGCCCAUCGCAAAACUACUCCCGUGCAGCAGGGGGUGCCACCAGCAGCAACUUCAGCACACGCUGCGUCUGGCAGGAGGACCACUAUGGCAAGAAGGGUGAUCUAGGUCUCAGAUCCGUAGACCUGGCUUUCGAAGAUGCCGAGACGAGGCAAACAAAAGGUGGCGAGGAGUCCGAUGAUGGUGGGGAGGAGAGGGAUGGUCCGGACAGGUGUUUUUUGGCUUGCUUGUUGCGGUUGGCUCAUGUUUUUCAGACCAAGAAGUUCCAGUCCACCAAACUUGAACGACUGUAUCAGCGAUACUUCUUCAGGCUAAACCAGAACUCUCUUACGAUGCUGAUGGGGAUGCUGGUUGUCGUUUGUGGCGUCAUGCUGGCUUUCCACUGCCUCCAAGGUCCACCUGAUGUGGCAUACGCCACGGUGCUUUCUGUAGCCAUGGCCCUCUUUUUAGUAUUGACGGUGGUGUGUAACAGAAAUUGCUUCCAUCAGGACUACAUGUGGAUUGUAAGCUACCUGGUGAUGGUGGUGUUGAUGGUCGUGCAGGUGUUAGGCGUGUGGAUGAUGGCUCCCCGCAGCUCCUCUGAAGGGAUCUGGUGGACGAUGUUCUUCAUCUACAUCAUCUACACGCUGCUGCCGGUGCGAAUGAGAGCGGCCGUUAUUACUGGGGUGGUGCUUUCCACAAUUCAUGUUAUAAUGUCAUGGAGACUCAACCUUGAGGACAGUCUACUUUGGAAGCAGAUAGGUGCCAAUGCAAUGAUUUUCCUGUGCACCAACAUCAUUGGCAUCUGCACACACUACCCAGCUGAGGUGUCUCAGAGACAGGCCUUCAAAGAGACUAGAGGAUAUAUCCAAGCCAGGCUACACCUUCAGAGAGAAAACCAGCAGCAGGAACGCCUGCUGCUCUCGGUGCUGCCAAGGCACGUUGCCAUGGAGAUGAAGGCCGACAUCAGCGCCAAGAAAGAGGAUAUGAUGUUUCACAAGAUCUACAUCCAGAAACACGACAACGUCAGUAUCUUGUUCGCGGACAUCGAGGGCUUCACCAGUUUGGCAUCACAGUGCACAGCCCAGGAGCUGGUCAUGACCCUUAAUGAGCUUUUCGCACGCUUUGAUAAAUUAGCUUGGGAAAACCACUGUCUGCGGAUCAAGAUCCUGGGGGAUUGUUAUUACUGUGUGUCUGGACUUCCGGAACCUAGGGCCGAUCACGCUCACUGCUGUGUGGAGAUGGGGGUGGAUAUGAUCGAGGCUAUAUCAUUGGUUCGAGAGGUGACCGGAGUGAAUGUGAACAUGCGUGUGGGUAUACACAGCGGCCGUGUGCACUGCGGGGUGCUCGGGCUACGCAAAUGGCAGUUUGAUGUCUGGUCCAACGAUGUCACACUGGCCAACCAGAUGGAGGCUGGAGGCCAAGCAGGGCGGAUCCAUAUAACCAAAGCCACGCUGCAGUAUUUAAAUGGGGACUAUGAAGUUGAACCAGGUUUUGGAGGGGACAGAAACGCAUAUCUUAAGGACAACAAAAUUGAGACGUUUUUUGUGCUGGGCUGCAGUCAGAAAAGGAAAGAAGAAAAAGCAAUGAUGGCUAAAAUACAGAGAGCUAAGGCCAACUCUUCAGAAGGCCUGAUGCCGCGAUGGGUUCCUGACAGAUCUUUCUCUAGAACUAAAGAUUCAAAAGUCUUCAGACAAAUGGGCAUAGAUGAAGCCUCCAGCAAAGAUAACCGCUGUGUUCAAGAGGCUUUAAAUCCAGAGGAUGAGGUUGAUGAGUUUUUAGGCCGUGCCAUUGAUGCUCGCAGCAUCGACCAGCUGAGAAAAGACCACGUGAAGAAGUUCCUGCUUACAUUCCAAAAGCCAUUCCUGGAGAAAAAGUAUUCAAAAAAGGUGGAUGAGCGUUUCGGUGGUUACGUGGCCUGUACGCUCCUCGUCUACUGCUUCAUCGUUUUUAUUCAAAUCAUCAUCUUCCCACAUACUCCCUUAAUGCUGGGCAUGUUCAUCAGCAUCUUUAUUAUCCUCACCAAUGUCCUCUUCAUAUGUGCCAUUUAUUCCUGUGUUAAGUUUUUUCCAGCUGCCUUACAGACAGUAUCAAAGAGGAUUGUGCAGUCCCGUACAAACAGCACUGUAGUCGGAGUCUUCACCAUUCUGCUUCUCUUCAUCUCUGCUUUUGUUAAUAUGUUUACCUGCGACCGAGUGAAUCUACUAGAUUGUGUAGCCAAGCAGUCGAAUGGUUCGGAUUUGGUCGCUGUGUGUCUGUUGUACAAUCUGACUGGAACAGCAAAGGACCCCCUAACACUGUGUGAUCAAACUUUACCAUGCCAUUUACCAGAGUAUUUCACAUACAGUGUGCUGCUGACUCUGCUGUGCUGCUCAGUGUUCCUACACAUCAGCAGUAUAGGCAAGCUGAUCCUCAUGGUCUUCAUUCAGAUCUGCUUUCUGCUGCUUGUAGAGUGGCCACUGGUCACUCUUUUGACCAACGCCGACCUUCUGGUCAAUGCCAAGGCACUGUCUUUUAAUGGAACAGAGAAUUGCCAUCAAACGGUGAAUAAAGUUUCUCUGAGGGUGACGAUUCCAGUCAUCCUUACUGUAUUUGUAUUGGCUCUCUACCUGCACGCACAGCAGGUGGAGUCCACAUCUCGCCUUGACUUCCUGUGGAAGCUACAGGCGACUGAAGAGAAAGAGGAGAUGGAGGAACUGCAGGCCUACAAUCGUCGUCUCCUUCACAACAUCCUGCCCAAAGAUGUGGCUGCCCACUUCCUUGCCAGAGAGCGGAGAAAUGAUGAGCUUUACUAUCAGUCGUGUGAAUGCGUGGCUGUUAUGUUUGCGUCCAUCAGUAACUUCUCAGAGUUUUACACUGAACUGGAGGCCAACAAUGAGGGUGUGGAGUGCCUGAGACUCCUCAAUGAGAUCAUCGCUGACUUUGAUGAGAUCAUUUCUGAGGAAAAGUUUAAGCAAUUAGAGAAGAUCAAAACUAUUGGAAGUACAUACAUGGCAGCAUCUGGACUGAACGACUCGACGUACGACAAAGAAGGCAAAACCCACAUUCUAGCUCUGACCGACUACGCCAUGAGGCUACGAGAACAGAUGAAGUACAUCAACGAACACUCGUUCAACAACUUUCAGAUGAAAAUAGGCCUGAACAUUGGACCAGUGGUUGCUGGUGUGAUUGGAGCCAGAAAGCCUCAGUAUGACAUAUGGGGAAACACGGUGAAUGUGGCCAGUCGCAUGGACAGCACAGGUGUUCCUGAUCACAUCCAGGUGACCACCGAUCUUUACCAUGUAUUAGCAAGUAAAGGUUACCAGCUGGAAUGCCGUGGACUGGUGAAAGUAAAGGGGAAAGGAGAUAUGACCACUUACUUCCUCAAUAGUGGUCCUGCCUGCAGUUAACACUGACCAAAUUUCUCUUGAUGCACUGAAUUGCAGGACGGAUGAUACAGAACGCUCUGAAUGGGUUUUGAACUUGAUCUUGAACAGAUCCAAAUAUAACCACUCACAAGCUCUUUUGUCUGAGCAUUAGUGGAUAUGUGUAGUAUUUAAAAUACGCACCUAAUGUAUGAUUUAAUGAAGAACUGUUGCCUUGGAGACAGCAUUGAAGAAACCUUUGUUUUGUAGGAAAGACUUUUUCCGUACCAAAAUUUGAAUUCUUUAUUUAUUUUGACAGGUUUUUAAAGCAUGUAAAUAAAAAGAGACUUAAACAUGAUUAUAUAUGCAAGCAUCAAGGAGCAAGAAGAAACUGACCAAAGAACAAAGUAUUUGAUGUAGGAACACGACACAUCUGCUAAUCUGUUUGAUAUGUCGGUAGACAGCUGUUAUACAAUUGUCUGGUUUUGGUUUUGUCCUCUUGUAACUCUACCACAAAGGCCAUAUUCUAGUAUAGACACUAAUGCAAAAAAUCUGCUCAAAUGAAGGAUAAGAAAUAGUAUUAGAUAGGCUAAGUAUUUUUUGCAUUGCCAUUUGUAUGAGUGUGUUUGUGUGCGUAGGACUGUCUGAGUAUCUUCAAAGGGCAUAACAGCUCACUGUGACAUUUAUAAAAUUAAUUUAAAAUAGCCUUUAUUAUUAUUACAUGUUCAUUUAGUUUCAAUUCUGUUUCAUUUCAUUGUAAUAUUCCUGCAAAGAAUAUAAAGCCACAUGUGACCAACACUUCUACACGGUGAAAAGUGAAAGUUGAAACUACUUAAACAAAUUACUUCAAUCUAUAACACUUUUAAAAAAUUAAGUUUUGUCCAUUUGAAGAAAAUUUAAGGUAAAAAAACUUUUAAAAAUUAACCUAAUUUAUUUGGUAACAUCUAAAAAAACUUUAAAGUGAGAAUUUUUUUCACCAAUUAAAGUAAUUUUUAAGUUAAUACAACUUUCACUUUUUACAGUGUACAUAGCUGUAAGAUUCUAUUACAGUAUUGUCAGCAACGUUGUAGUCUUCUUAUGAUCCUUGUUAAAAUAUGUUACCGUGCUGACAGAGUCCCACAGGGCUUAGUGGUUGCUGACAACGUGGCGGGACCACUUUUUACAGUAUUUGACAGUGUUCAGCAGAAGUCCAUUUCAGCAUCUCCUCAAAAGUGUUCUUAGUCAUCCCAUGUGCAAUGAAAUAUUUUUAACAGUUAUGCAGUUACCGGUCAACGUUUAAUGCAGAGUCUUUUAUGAUUCUUACUUUAGAUGCAGCUUUGAGUUUGAAUAUUUGAAAUAUUAUCCUUCCCCUUUCUUAACAUGCAUUUACCAAUAUGAAUGUACAUGUAUGUAUAACAUUCUUCUCAUAAAUACAAAAGCACAUAUGAUUUUAAGUUUAAAUAUGUUGGUGGAAUAUGGACCUUCAAAACAUUUUCCAUUAAAAAGUUGGCAAAUCAAUAAAUUGGGUGUUUUGUUAAAAUAUA